AUGACUUCCUCUUCUCCAAGCCAUUUAGAACUCCUUUUCAUUUCACCAAAGCAGAAGAAGUCGAAUUCAUCAUCUGUUGAUGCUGUCUUUGGCGCUGAUGACCUUCUCACUGAGAUUUUAUUGCAUUUGCCUGCAAAAUCUAUCCUGAAAUUCAAGCUAGUCUCCAAGAAAUGGCUAUCUAUAAUCUCCAAUCCCAGUUUCGCUAUCCUCCAUACCAAACUUAAUCCUCACACCAUUUCUGCUCUCCUCCUCCAAGUACUAUACCUAUUCAAGAAACCAAGUAGCUACCAAUAUGUUUCUCUUGAUGGGAAAUCAUCAGCAGUUAAUCUUUCGUCUGAGUUUCUUAGCUUCGAUCCCGAUAACCUUGGAAGUACUCAUGUUUCUCAGUCCUGCAAUGGCUUGCUUUUGUGUUCUAAAAGCAACAGGUAUUCUGCAGAGAGAAAUAAGACAACGUAUUAUGUAUUCAAUCCUACUACAAGACAGUUCGCAGUGCUAACCCUACCAUCGGGUGAUGGAAUUCGUUUUAAUAGAAUUCAAUUGGUGUUCGAUCCUUCGAAAUCGCCUUUCUACAAGGUUCUUUGCAUCCACUACUUCAAAUCAGUGCUUGAGAUUCAUGUAUACUCAUCUGAGACCAAGAUUUGGAAGCUUUCUCUGAAGCAAGAAAAUUUUGAUUCUUGGUGUGUGAACUUGAACAAUGGUGUCUUUUGGAAUGGUGCUAUUCACUGGAUUAGUCCUAAGGGAAACGGGUUCUGUUUCUUGCUUGAUGAAGAAUGCCUUCAAGCAAUGACAAGUCCUCCACUUCCUGAAUCUUGGGAAACUAACAGCUUCAAGUAUUUUGGGGAGUCUGGUGGGCAAUUGCACUUUAUUGGGUCAUUCAAUUCUGAACAAAAUCUUGAUGUUAUGAACAUGGGCAUUAAUGUUUCUCCUGAUAUGUCUGAUGACCAAAUGGGAAGGAGCAGCAGUUGCAAGAUUGGUUCUCAAUACAUUGUUGUUUAUGCAAAGGACAAAGUUUGUCCAAAAUGGUUUGUAAAGUACUAUGUAGAUGUGAAUGCCAUUGUAAUGGCAUAUCCUGAGACGAUUGAGGACCCUACAGUCUCGCCAUGUUUACUAGACAGAUGCAUUGAUGUAUCUUUUUUUAUCGAGGAAAAUAAUGAAGAAGGGCCAGGGCCAUUGCUGGUGAUAAACGUGCCUGGUGAUAUCAUAUCUUACAGCUUCCGGGACAAAAAAUUGAAGAAGCUGUUUAGUUUUCAUCCUUACAAGCAUUACAGCUGCUGUGCUUUCAAGUAUACGGAGACUUUAUCUUGGGUUUAA